CAGUCUUCUUACAGUCAAGUUUCUGCACUUCAGAUACUUCAUCUCAGAAACCAAUAACCGCCGACCUGUACCUACUUUCCUUCUACUCCCAUGACCCACAAAUUCAUCAAACGUGGUACAUCAUGGUCGUCAAGGGCUCUUGUAACUGUGGCCGUAUCCGCAUCACCAUGGACAACCCCACACCAUCUGGGGGUGGUGUGAUGAUUUGCUACUGCCUAAAUUGUCGCAAGCAGAGUGGCGCCGCCGGCACCUAUGUCGUCGUGGUGGAGAACAAAGACAUGGUCUUGACCGGUAGUCCCAAGAAAUUUCUCGACACCAAUACCGCAUGUGGCCGGCCACUGGAUCGAUAUUUCUGUUAUAACUGUGGAUGUCCGAUUAUGUACAGAAGUGAGACUGUUUUGCCCGGAAAAUCACUCCUCAUGUUCGGUCUCUUUGAUGAUAUUCCCAAGCCGGUGGCAGAGGUGUGGACCAAGCGUCGGCCGGAGUGGAUACCAGCGACUUCAGAAGUUCUACAAUAUGUGACGGAUAUUCCCGACGAUGUGAGCGGAGAGGAGGCCAAGAAACUAGGCUGGUGAGUUGAUGGAUGUUGUAGAAGGGAUGUCGACCGAGCAGCACCAUAGCCCGGAUCAAGUGGUUGAAUGUCAAAGAAACAACAGAUUUAAGUCAAGAUGUAGUUAAUGUAAAUAGAAGUCAGCUACUUCUAUUAUCCAUUCUAGAGAUA